AUGACUGCUCCAACGAAGGUGCUAAUGCUUCAUGGACACUCGCAGAAUGCCAGUAUAUUCAGUAAACGCCUUGGGGCCUUGAGGAAAUCGAUGGGAAAAGACAUUGAAAUGGUAUUCGUCGACGGACCCGUUGUCUUACUUCCUGUUGACCUCGACGGCGCCUCAUCUACAGCUCUCGGAGCUUCAGAGGCGAACGCGACAUCCUCUGAUCCUUCAACUACGCCCCGAGCUUGGUGGAAAACUAACCCGGAGAAAACAAUCGCUCACGGCUUAGAAGACUCCAUACUCUGUUUGAGAGAUAUUCUUCAGCGUGAUCGAUAUGACGGUGUGUUUGGGUUCAGUCAAGGAGCAGCUAUGGCUGCUCUGCUUGUCGCUCUCUUAGAGCAGCCUCAGAAAUACCCUCCUUUUCUCGUUGACGGAGGAGCCCCUCACCCGCCUUUCAAAUUCUGCGUAGCGGUCUCAGGCUUUAAGGCACCCGGGUCUCUCAGUGCAGAAAUUUUCGGGACAUCGUAUUCUACACCAACGCUGCACGUUCUCGGGAGAAACGAUGUAAUUGUCAUUGAGGAGCGCUCGAAGCGUCUACUUGAUCUCUCGCAGAACAAGAGAUUGGAGGAACAUGAUGGCGGUCAUUUCGUGCCCUCGAAGGCCAACUGGAGGAAUUUCUUCCGCAAUUACUUGACUGAUCCUCUUGGAGUGAUUCCUUCCCCAGAACAGAGAACUGUUUCUCAGCCUGCCCACGACGAUUGA